AUGAAGCCGAGCCCGAAGGCAUGUCUCGCUUGUCGGAACAAACAUGUCAAAUGCGAUGGUCGGAUUCCGAUAUGCACACGGUGUACUUCGACAGGUAGCGAUUGCGUCUACGUGGAAUCCCGGCGAGGCUAUCGAGGUCCAAAAAGAAAACACCUUGAACAGCCCCCAAGAGAUCAUACGGCAACAAGUGGCGGCUCUGAUUUUUCGUUCGAUCUGCUUCAAAACUUAUCAGUACCACUUUCUACGGCUUCGUUAUCAUCAACAGACGAUACAAUUUCAGUUGAUCGAGAAUUCAGCGACGAUGAUGACAGCACAUAUUUGAUCGACUUAUACUAUCAGUUCUUUCAUCCAGCUCAUACCAUUAUAAUACCGCCACGUAUCUAUUUACAGCAUCAUGGCAUAAUCCCCAAACAUCUGAAAAAAGCAAUGCAAGCCGUCGGCUGCCACUUCACUUCAAAGAAUCCAGAGCCAUAUCUCAAUGUAGUCAUGGAAAUUCUCACUUCAGAUGCACCAGAUGAUGCAUUCAAAGUUCAAGCUCUUCUCAUUCUAGCAAUAACUUCUUUUGCUCGGUUGGAAAGAGAAGCCGGAGGAAUUAUGCUGACACAGGCCCUCGAUGUUGCGAAAAAGAUCGGUCUCAACGAUGUAAAUUACGGGCUAGGUGAGCAAGCGCUGCUCAGGGAGAGCUAUAGGCGUACGUGGUGGGAACUUUAUACAAUAGUCGGCAUUGCUUCGUUGAUCAUGCCUUUUGGGUUGAAAGUGGACAUCGCAUGGAACUUGCCAUUGCCCUGCCACUGUGAGGAAUACAACAAUGGCCAAACUUCACCAACAAAGACUCUGCAAGAUAUGCAACAUCGCUUUCUGGUGGAGGGAAGCUUUUCCUGGUCGUCAUUCGCAUACAAGGUUGAAGCGGUCCGCAUUAUGACUAACAUCAUCGAUUUAAGUGGUGACCCUUGGGCCACUCAGUCACAGGUUGACGCAGCCGAGAUCUCUAUUGCAAAUUUUUGGAUGGACUUACCUGUUCCCAAAAGGGACGUUAUCUCUCGCUCCGGUAAAACCGAUGAGGUUCUUUUUUGUGCGCAUAUGCUUAUAAGCCUUGGUAGCAUUUGCCUUCAUCUUCCCAGAUCAGGAAUGCAAAGUAUACAGCACUUCAAAACGAGUUGUUGGACUGAUAGAGCAAGAAAAGUCGAUGAAAAUACAGCAAGUCAUAAAGCAGCCGCCAUCAAAGCCGCAUCUAGAUUGACUCGCCUCAUGUCUGCUGGGCAGUCUACUAAGACGCAUACACCGUGCUUUGCGUGUGCCAUCGCUUUUGCGACAGCGGUGCAGUUGCCGGCCUAUAAGGAAGAAAAUGAAACUUUUGUGGCCCAAAUGUUGAAGGAGCAAAUUCAGCUCGCUAUCAGUACUCUCCGACAAAUUGGAGAGACAUGGCCCAUUGCAAAUGUCGUAAGGUUGCAAGUUGCGCAAUACGCUCGAGAGGUUAUAGGCAAACCAAUUCUCCCUGUUGUCAACAGACCAUUGACUCUGGAGUCAGCUCCUACGGCUGCAGACCCGAUACUUGGAAACCAAGAGUGGUUACAAGAGCUGUUACGAGGCGCCUCCCAAAUGGACGAUUUGAUAUUUGAGAAUGGCGGCUAUCCCACGCCGUCACGAGAAUGA